AUGUGGCAGUUCUCUGCUCUGCUCUUCCUCUUCCUCCCAGGCUGCUGCACUGCUCAGGAUUCAGUCACAGGUCCAGAGCAGGUGAGUGGUCAGGAGCAGGGCUCCUUGACAGUGCAGUGCCGAUAUGCCUCAGCCUGGAAGGGUUACAACAAGUACUGGUGCCGAGGAGGUAAUCAGAUAACAUGUGAGCUUCUUGUUGAAACCAAUGGAUCAGAACAGUUGGAGAAGAAGAACCAUGUGUCCAUCAGGGAUGACCAGACAGACUUCAUCUUCACAGUGACCAUGGAGGACCUGAGGAUGAGUGAUGCUGGCAUUUACUGGUGUGGAAUUAUGCAAUCUGGAUAUGAUCCCAUGUUUAAAGUUAGUAUGAAUAUUGACCCAGCAAAGAAAAUAGACAAAAUUGGAGCUGGAGACAUGGCUGAGUGA